AUGACAACCCAGGCAGCGCUAAUAUUUGAUACAAUUAUCGGUCUAAAAAGAGCAUUGCGCCGAGAAUAUGAAGACACUGACAUUCUGUUCCUCACAGAUGCUGGCCCAGAUGAUCCCAUCACUCAGCCGACGAAUCGCGGGAAUAAAAUGAAGGCAAAUGCGAAGUAUGUGAGUCAAGGAGCACUGGGGCAUAUCAAUGGCGAGGAAUUUUACAAAGAGAAAGUCGAACAUGCCGGUUACAAAAGAUGCAUUCUACAACGUAAUCCUAUACGCUACGAUUCAGAGGGUGAGGAGCUUGAUGAAGAGGAGGAAGAUUCUGAGGCCGACGCUGCCGCAGCUGAGGAGAACCCGUUCUCAGGGAUCGCGUUAGAAACACUUUUGUGUCCAUUGAAGCACCCUUCUGAACUCUCGACCCACCCUUCGUUGUCCCAGGCCUACAGCUCCCAGGCUCUUGAACAAAUGACCAAAAAGGUUGAGGAGAAGUUACGUCAAGAACGGGCUCUUUUGUGGCGCGCCCGCAAUCUACAUCGUGAAUUCUUGGGUGAUAUCGGAUGGAUGCCGUGCGGUGCUGUCGAGACACCUGAGGACCGUUAUAUCUUUGACCCGAGGGUUAUAGACGACUCACAACGCAUGUCUGGUCAACAACACCCCAUACAGAAUGGAACCUCCUCUGCUGGUGGCGUGACUAGCGCACCACAAGAGAUCCACACUCAAUUCACGAACGGGGAUCAACAAACACAGAAUCAAGUGGGGAAUGAAUCACGGACUGAAAAUAAUGAUGUGGCGAUGGCCGAGGUCCCAGCCGGAGAUUUGAUUGUGAACAAUUAUUCUACAGGGCAGAACAUCUCUCUCAAAUCAGAGGAAGCCGAUGCAGCAGUCAACGAUCUUCCACCGCACCUUGCCAAUGAGGAGGUGGACAAGGAUAGAGAGAUGGUUGACCCCGAAAGCACACAUUCAAACCACAAUGAAGGAGACGCUGAGAUGCACGAUGGAUCUUCACCUUCACCGCCUCGUCGUAUGACCACUCGUGCACGGGCUAGUGCAGCAAAUCCUCAGGACGGCCAGUCUCCGUUGUCUUCAGCCGACACUGCCAGCACCAUGCCCACCGCGCACCCACUGUUCAUAAUCCCAGACAACAUCCGUCCAGAUCCAAACUAUGGUCUCCCAGCACUUGAAGCAGAGGAGACGCGUCGUCUGCUCUGGUCCUACAUCCAGAAACAAGAAGAGACAGUGCGAGGAUUCGAGCACAUGCUCGACUCCUUGCUUCGCGCAUGCCGUAUGAAGGCCAACGUGUUGGAAUGGUCUAAGGCAGAGGGCCAUGUUGGAGAGAUGAGCGAUGGCGAGGACUGGUAUGAUCGUGAGAAAUGGGGUCUUGCAGAGGGCGAGGAUCUCAAAAAGGGUACUGAUGAGGACGAGGUCGAGGUGGCGGAUGAUAGUCGGACUACAGCCAAGAGGGGCCGUGGACGACGAGCGUGA